AUGUCGUCAGCAGGAGGACCACCACCAGCACAAAAGGGCUCCGGCCGGCAAUACGAUCCCACCUUCACGGAAAAAGUCAUUGGAACAUGCGGUCCCAAAACCAGCCCUCGAAUGAUGCAAAUCUUCUCGGGACUCGUCCGACACAUUCACGACUUCUCGCGUGAAGUAGAUCUUACUCCGGAGGAAUGGCUAGCUGGGGUGAAAUUCCUGAAUGAGACUGGAAAGAUUUGGGCAGAGUCUGGUGGGAAGAGGAAUGAGAUGCAUAGGUUAUCGGAUAUUGUUGGUCUUGAAUCCCUCGUCACCGAAAUCGCAAACUACGUCCAAAUCGACGACCCAAACUACCUCCCCACCUCGGCCGCAAUCCUCGGACCCUUCUGGUCCCCCAAUGCCCCCUGGAGACAACUCGGCGACUCCAUAAUCCAAGACGAGCCGAAAAACGGCAUCGUCACCUACAUGCAUGGCAUCAUCCGCGACAUGCAAACCCACAAACCCAUCCCCGACACAACUUUCGAUCUCUGGCAAGCUUCCAGCAACGGCAAAUACGACUUCCAAGACCCCGAGAAUCAAUCCGAUAACAACCUACGCGGGAAAUUCAAGACGGAUGAGAAUGGUGAAUAUAGACUUUAUUGUCUCCGUCCUACAGCCUACUCCCUUCCUCAAGAUGGUCCGUCCUGGGAACUCCUCUCCGCACUCGACCGCCACCCGAUGCGACCCGCUCACAUCCACCUCAUGGUCACAAAGGAAGGAUACAAACCUUGYGUCACACAAAUCUAUCCCAAAGAUGACCCUURGCUGGCAACCGAUACCGUCUUCGCCGUCAAGGAUGAUUUGGUUGUCGACUUUACUCCUUUUGAURAUAGUAAGCUUCCGGCGGGCGUGAAGCCUCAUCAGGGACCUGGUGGGCCUGUCACGAGGGAGUUGGAAUUGGAUAUUGUGUUGGCACCAAAGAGCACGCAUUUGAGCAGUGCGGGUGUCAACUUGGAUGGACCAGUUGAGCAGAAGAAUUAG